AAAUUGUAAAUGGUUAACGAGCAAAUCAAUCUACAUAAACAAUUAUAUGCCAUCUCUCUUUCUGUGAGUCUCCCUCUCUACUAGAGAGAAGCAGAGGAGAUCAUUCCUCGUAGUAGAAAAAUGGCCGGCAAUGGAGGAGUUGCCCGGAGGUGCGCAGGAAGGAGAAGCUAUGCGUUUAGGGAGAUGAGCUUCCUCGAGCGGAGGAAAACGCGAAUCAAUCUUCGAAACGUUUCGAUGAUCCCUCUCUUUAAAAGGCCUCUCUUCUAUCCUCGAUGGCGAUUGCUUAGUGGAAACUACCGCAUUUUGAGCAUGGAUGCUCGAGAGAAAUCAAGAUCCACAAUAUUGGAAUCAUCAAAGCAAAAGAGGGUCCCCAUAUAUGUCAUGAUGCCUGUGGACACUUUCGGAAUUGAUUCAUCUGGAAGUCCCAGGAUCAGGAAAAUCAAGGCCUUAACUAUAUCUCUAAAAGCACUCAAGUUGGCAGGUGUCUAUGGAAUUGCAGUCGAGGUUUGGUGGGGAAUUGUGGAGCGCUUUUCUCCUCUCGAAUAUAAUUGGCUCCUUUAUGAAGAGCUUUUCAGACUUGUAUCUGAGUCAGGGCUAAAGUUGCAUGUUUCCUUGUGUUUUCACUCAAACACACACCAGCCUACUGGAACCGGGGGUGUGAGUCUUCCAUCGUGGAUUCUAGAGAUUGGUAAUCAUAACAAGGAUAUAUAUUACCGAGACAAAAAUGGAUUCUCCAAUGAUGAUUAUCUUACACUGGGAGUGGACCAACUUCCUCUGUUUCAUGGUCGGACUGCCCUCCAAUGUUACGAGGACUUCAUGCUUAGUUUUGUUAACAAAUUUGACUCGUUUAUUGGAAGUGUGAUUGAAGAAAUAAGUGUCGGUCUCGGUCCUUCUGGGGAACUUAGGUAUCCUGCACAUCCUCCUGGAAAUGGUAGAUGGAAAUUCCCUGGAAUUGGUGAAUUCCAAUGUUAUGACAAAUACAUGAUGGAGGAUUUAAAGAUGGCUGCAUGUCAGGAAGGAAAGCCUCAAUGGGGAGAUAGAGGACCUCAAAAUGCUGGUUGUUACAACAGUCUUCCACCGGGUGUUCCCUUUUUCGAAGAUGGACAGGAGAGCUUUCUAUCUGACUAUGGCUGUUUCUUCCUUGAAUGGUACAGUGGUAAGCUUAUUGGUCAUGCAGAUGCUGUUCUGGCAAAGGCAGCUAAUAUUUUGAAGAAUUAUCAAGAAAACAAGCAAACCCCAGUAAUAUUGGUUGCUAAAAUUGGUGGAAUAUAUUGGUGGUACCAGACAAUAUCACACCCUGCGGAACUUACAGCUGGCUACUACAACACUGCUCUAAGGGAUGGUUAUGAUCCUCUUGCUUCUGUGUUGUCUCGUCAUGGAGCUGCCUUGCACAUAUCCUGCUUAGAAAUGAUGGAUAGUGAGACCCCACCAGCCUAUCGUUGCAGCCCUGAAGGAUUAGUCCAGCAGAUAAGGACCAUUUCAAAGAAAAGGAUACAUUUGAUUGGAAGAAAUUCCAGUGAACGUUUUGAUCAGAAAGGACUAAAGCAAAUACUUGCAAACUGUUAUCAUCCACAGGCAGAAGCUGUAAGGUCAUUUACUUAUUUCAGAAUGAAUGAUAAGAUUUUUGCAGUUGAAAACUGGAAUAAUUUUGUCCCCUUUGUUAGAAAGAUGAGCACAGAAUUGUAAGUUACUUUUGAACCUGUUCUAACCAUGGAUUUUUACUGAACUUUAAAGAAUAGUAGUGUCUCUGCCCCUAUAAUUUUUUUACUGACAUAGGGGAUUGUAAAAUCUAUGUAAAUUCUUAGUGAUUACUCAUUUAUUGUUACAUCUUGAUUGUCUCUCUUUGAGACAUGAAAUUGAUAGCAAUGGGAUUUUAGAACAGCUAAAAA